AUGGCUCGCGUCCUCCGCACCUCGCUCGUCGCGCCAUCGCCGUCGUCCGGCAGGGCGACCCUUCCCGAGCGCUCACUCCCACUCACCUACCUGGAUGCCAUGUGGCUCCACACCUUGCCGGUAGAGCGCGUGUUUUUUUUCCAACACGCGCACGAGCACGGCGGCGCCGUCGACGUCCUCCUCUCCAACCUCCAGGACUCCCUGUCCAAGGCACUCCGCUCCUUCUAUCCGCUCGCCGGCCGCCUCCGCCUCGCUCCCGGCACGCCUAACCGGUACGAGCUCCACUACCGGCCAGGCGACGGCGUCAGCUUCACCGUCGCCGAGUACGAUCUUGCAGGCGUGGACGAGCUCGCCACGGACGACCCGACGGAGGUCGCAAAGAUCGCCCCUCUCGUGCCGCCGCUGCCGGAGGGCGGCGCCGUGCUCGCUCUGCAGGCCACCGUGCUCCGCUGCGGCGGCCUCGCCAUCGGCGUGACCGUCCACCACGCCGCCUGCGACGGCGCCUGCUCCACGCACUUCCUCCACACGUGGGCGUGGGAGGCGGCUUCCCGCGGGGCCGUCGCGCCCGAGCCGCCCGUCAUCGGCCGCACCUUCAUCCGCGACCGCGACGACCUCUACGACACUUUCGCCGCCCCAAGGUCGUACAAGAGCCGCGACGGGAAGCCCCUCCGGUCGCCCGACGUCGUCGACAAGCUCCUCGCCACGUUCGCGCUGUCCGAGGAGCACCUGCGGAGCAUCAAGGACACGGUCGCGCGCGAGGCAGCGCGCCGCGGCGUGUCGCCCCCUCCGCCUCGCCCCACGUCGAUCGUCGCCACAUACGGCUUCAUCUGGCACUGCCAUUACUGGGCUAAAGAAGGCGGUGGUGCCAAAGGUGAGCCUUCUGGCGGCACUAGCGACCGCGCCUACGCCGUGUUCGCCGCCGACCACCGUGCGCGGCUGGACCCGCCUGUCCCAGCCAGGUACCUCGGCAACUGCGUGGGCCUGUGCUUCGCCUCGGCGAGCAGGAAGGAGCUACUCACCGGCGCCGGCGCAAGCGGCCUCUUCGCCUCGUGCUCCGCCGUCGCCGCCGCCAUCGACGAGGCGACGCGCCGUGGAGACGGCAAGCGGGGCUGCUGGGACGGGUGCCUGGAGCGCGUCGUCGAGGCGUACGGCGCCGGGGUCCCGCUGACGCUGGCGGGGUCGCCCAGGUUCCGCGUCUACGACGUAGACUUCGGGUUCGGGACGCCGGCGAAGGUGGAAAUCGUCUCCGUGGCGAGGACGGGCGCGAUGUCGGUGGCAGAGGGCCGCGGCGGCACCGGCGGGACGGAGGUGGGCAUCUCGCUCCCGCCGGACUGCAUGGCCAGGUUUCAGAGGUGUUUCGCCGACGCGGUCGCCUGCCUCUCCGCGUCGUCACCAGCUGCCCAAGCGCAACUGCCAGUCAGUGUGGCAGUCUGA